AUGCUGAGCACAACACCUACCACGCUGCUCGAUGGUGGGCAGGUGGGGGUUUGGAAGCGGAAUCCCCGCAUCCCCUUGCAGCCGCCGUCGCCGCCGCCGUCGCCGCACCAAAAGCCGCAAGAAACAAAACAGCAGCGACGGGAGGUGCACAGCGCCAAUUUCUCACGACGAUCGAUGCGUCAUGCCCGCCCCACAUUACGAUACACCGUAUCAGAAAGCGCCGCGACGCUGACGAAAAACGUGAAUGCCUACAAACACUUCUCCUCGCCGCACCCCACACCUCAAAAGUUACCAUCGUUACAAGUCAACGGAUAUAAACAAACCUUCGCAAACAGAGGUGAGGUUGCAGGCGUGCGCGCCAUCACACGCAAGCGCCUGCCUACGAUGACUAGAAUGCCCCCAGGUGGAGAUGAGAUUGCUAGUGUGCGCGCAAUCAAACGCAAGCGCCUGCCUACAAUAGCGAGAAUGUCCGAAAGUGGAGAUCAGAUUGCCGGUGCGCGUCCAAGCACGCGCAAGCGCUUGCCUACAACAGCGAGAACACUGAGUGGCAAAAACCUCCCGCCCCUCAAAACGAUGCGCACUGGGGACCAACAGAACGUUUAUGAUAAGGAAUCUACACACACCUUACGGUUUGACGGUGAGGCAUGGGAAAUCGUCUUCCAGUAUGGGGAGGACGAGCUUAAUCAGGCAGUAGCGUUAGAUGUAUCUAACGCGCUCCACGAUGCGUCGUCCGCAUCCGUCAGUAUCCAUAGAACCUACGAAGGAUUCUAUGUCUGCAGCGUUGUGGCACACCCAGCACAGAUUAGCGAAUCAUAUAUAAACCACUGCCUCAUGAACUACCACUAUCCGGCUACCCGAAGGCUGUACCAGGCUGCACUCCUGCAACUUACAUCAUCCAACCCAUUACUGUCACCUGACCACAGCGAAGAGGAUGAAGCCGAUUCAAUAUACAAACCUCAGAUACACGACGCGGGUGCAUCCAGAAAACCCAUUGACAAUACCACAGAUAAUUUACCGGACGACAUCGAUAGGAAAGAAAACGUCCGAAAAAACCGCCCUCACACCAAGGCAUAUACUCCAUCGGGUGAAAUCUCUCACAUUGUUCAAUCACCACGCUGCCGACGAGAAGAAUUUGAAGAAGAAUCCCUUCUUUCUUCAUCCCAAUCAGACAUACACGUAGAGGGUGGCCGUAGUGCUGCAUCCCGUGCCGCCAGCGUUCUCGCUCUGCCGGGUGACGAGCGUCCGAUGACCAGCAGGCCACUCCGCGCACCACCUCUCCAGGAGGCUGAGAUGGACGGUGGCCGCAGUGUUGCAUCCCGUGCCGCCAGCGUUUUCGCCACGCAGGGUGACGAACGUCCGAUGACCAGCGGGUCACUGGGUGCACCACCUCUCCAGGAGGCUGAGAUGGACGGUGGCCGCAGU